AUGCUGUCAACCGUGCAAAAGGCCGGCCGAGCCCCCGCCCUUCUCCGCCAUGGUCGCCGCGUUGCUGUCUCAACGCCCCAGCUAAAGACCUUCACCUCUGCUGCGCAGAACAGCCUUUUCCGUACCCAGCAGGCGCCGCCGAAGGUCGUGCGCCUCGUGCAGAAGCGCCUGCUCUCUGCCUCGACCGCAUGCGCAAGCUCGGUCGCCGCACAGUCCGCUCCCAACCCCAAGGCCUACCUCGAGAGCGGAGUCAUAAAGCCGAGAGAGCAUGUCGAUGUCAAGAAGGUCCUUGUCAUUGGUAGUGGUGGCCUUGCCAUUGGUCAGGCUGGAGAGUUCGACUACUCUGGCUCACAAGCACUUAAGGCCCUCAAAGAAGCUGGCGUAGCUUCCGUCCUCAUCAACCCCAAUAUCGCCACCAUCCAGACCAACCACGUCCUCGCUGACGAGAUCUACUACCUGCCGGUCACCGUCGAGUACGUCGAGUAUGUGAUUCAGCGCGAGAAGCCUGAUGGCAUCUUCCUAUCCUUCGGUGGCCAGACGGCCCUCAAUCUCGGUGUCCAGAUGCAGGCACUGGGGCUGUUCGAAAAGUACGGCGUCAAGGUCCUCGGCACAAGCGUGAGGACGCUGGAGCUCAGCGAGGACAGAGACUUGUUCGCCAAGGCGCUUGAGGAGAUCAACAUUCCCAUCGCAAAGUCGGUUGCCGUCAACACGGUCGACGAGGCCCUCGAGGCGGCCACCCAGAUUGGCUAUCCCAUCAUCGUCCGAGCCGCUUAUGCGCUAGGCGGUCUCGGUUCCGGAUUCGCGAACAACGAGGAAGAGCUUAGAAACAUGGCCGCCCGCUCGCUCACCCUCUCCCCGCAGAUUCUGGUUGAGAAGUCUCUCAAGGGCUGGAAGGAGGUUGAGUACGAGGUCGUCCGUGACGCAGAUAACAACUGCAUCACGGUGUGCAACAUGGAGAAUUUCGACCCCUUGGGUAUCCACACCGGCGACUCGAUUGUCGUUGCGCCAAGUCAAACCCUGAGCGACGAGGAGUAUCAUAUGCUCCGGACUGCCGCUAUCAAGAUUGUCCGCCACUUGGGCGUCGUAGGCGAGUGCAAUGUUCAGUACGCCCUGCAGCCCGAUGGUUUAGACUAUAGGGUUAUCGAGGUCAACGCCCGGCUCUCCCGGUCGUCGGCCCUGGCUUCCAAGGCCACUGGCUACCCUCUAGCUUACACAGCUGCCAAGAUUGGCCUGGGCCAUAGCUUGCCCGAACUUCCGAACGCCGUCACCAAGACGACCACGGCCAACUUCGAGCCGUCGCUCGAUUAUAUCGUCACAAAAAUCCCCAAGUGGGAUUUGGCCAAGUUCCAGCAUGUGAAGCGGGACAUUGGGAGUGCCAUGAAGUCUGUAGGAGAGGUCAUGGCUAUUGGCCGCACCUUUGAGGAGUCUUUCCAAAAGGCCAUUAGACAGGUGGAUCCCAACUUUGUCGGCUUCCAGGGCGCCAAGUUUGAAGAUAUCGACUUUGAGCUCCAGAACCCAACUGAUCGCCGGUGGUUGGCAGUCGGCCAGGCCAUGCUCCACGAGAAUUACACCGUUGACCGAGUGCAUGAGCUCACCAAGAUUGACAAGUGGUUUCUCUAUAAGCUAGAGAACAUUGUUAACUGCACUCGAGAGCUUCAGCAGGUUGGGAGUCUGAAGGGUCUCAAAAAGGAGCAUGUCUUCAAGGCCAAGAAGAUGGGCUUCUCUGAUAAGCAGAUUGGCGCGACUGUUGGCGGUACCGAGGAUGAGGUUCGUGCCCUCAGACGCGAGUUUGGCAUCAGGCCGUGGGUCAAGAGGAUCGACACGCUGGCUGCCGAGUUUCCCGCCGACACCAACUACCUCUACACGACCUAUAACGCCUCCACCCAUGAUGUCACAUUCGAGGAGAAGGGGACUGUCAUUCUUGGGAGCGGUGUAUAUCGCAUUGGCAGUUCCGUCGAGUUCGAUUGGUGUGCUGUCAGCGCUACACUGGCCUUGAAGGAAAUGGGCGAGAGGACAAUUAUGAUCAACCUAACACCCCAAUCGUAUAAUCCCGAGACUUAUUCCACCGAUUUCGACACUGCCGACAGACUCUAUUUCGAAGAGUUAAGUUACGAGCGAGUGAUGGAUAUUUACGAACUCGAGAAUGCCGGAGGUGUGGUGGUUUCUGUUGGAGGCCAGCUGCCUCAGAACAUAGCCCUGCGACUCCAGGAGACUGGCGGUGCCAGGGUUCUAGGGACCGAUCCCCGUGACAUCGACAAGGCCGAGGAUAGGCAAAAGUUCUCGGAGAUUCUCGACAGCAUCGGAGUCGACCAACCGGCGUGGAAGGAGCUAACGUCCGUCCGGGCUGCUGAGAAGUUUGCCGACGAUGUGGGGUAUCCUGUUCUCGUCCGUCCCAGUUAUGUUCUCUCCGGGGCUGCCAUGACCGUCAUACACAGCAAGGACGACCUGAAGGACAAGCUGGAAGCCGCCAGCAAUGUCUCGCCCGACCAUCCCGUGGUUAUCAGCAAGUUCAUCGAAGGCGCGCAAGAGAUCGACGUGGACGGUGUUGCCUCUGACGGUAAGCUAAUUCUCCACGCCGUCAGCGAGCACGUUGAGCAGGCUGGUGUUCAUUCCGGCGAUGCUACCCUGGUCCUCCCCCCUGUGAACCUGGACGAGACGACGAUGGAACGAGUGAAGGAGAUUGCCCAGAAGGUUGCCAAGGCCUGGAGAAUUACCGGACCUUUCAACAUGCAGAUCAUCAAGGCCGACGAUCCCGAGGGCGGUCUCCCGGCACUCAAGGUCAUCGAGUGCAAUCUCCGCGCCUCGCGUUCGUUCCCCUUCGUGAGCAAGGUGCUUGGCGUCAACUUCAUUGAUGUUGCCACCAAGGCGCUUGUGGGCAAGAAUGUUCCCGAGCCGACCGAUUUUAUGGCGGUAAAGCGGGAUUAUGUCGCCACCAAGGUACCGCAGUUCUCGUGGACCCGUCUACCCGGUGCUGAUCCCUUCCUCGGCGUCGAGAUGGCAUCGACGGGCGAAAUGGCCUGCUUCGGUAAAGACUUGGUCGAGGCUUACUGGACCUCGGUGCAGUCGGCCAUGAACUUCCGCACGCCCGAGCCCGGCGAGGGUCUCUUGUUCGGCGGUCAGCUGAACAAGAACUGGUUGACUAAGGUGGUCGACUAUCUGUCCCCGCUUGGCUACAAGCUGUAUGCUGCCGACAAGGAGGUCAAGCAGUUCCUCGAAUCGACGACCAAGGGCAAGGUUAAUAUUGAGGUUAUCGAGUUCCCCAAGGAAGACAAGCGUGCCCUCCGUGAGGUGUUCAAGAAGUACGACAUCCGCGGAGUGUUCAAUCUUGCCAAAGCUCGCGGUAAGACGGUCAUGGACGUUGACUACGUCAUGCGCCGUAACGCGGUGGACUUUGGUGUCCCAUUAUUCAUGGAGCCGCAGACCGCUGUGCUUUUUGCCCAGUGCAUGAGCGAGAAGCUGCCUCGCCCAGAGGGCAUCCCCGCCGAGGUCCGUCGGUGGUCCGAGUUUAUUGGUGGCAAGCCAUUGUAA